AUGGGCUUUUUCACGAGCUGCUUCCGCGAGUCAUCGGCGAUCGUGCCCACGUCUCUCGUGCGCGACUGCGUCUGCCGCUCGUCGUCCAAGCGGCUCCUGCGGUCGACCUCGUCGCUCUUCAAGUUUCGAGAUGUUGACGAAGUCGAUUUGAACAUCAAGGCCCAGAUCCGGCAUCGCUUUGUCGAGUGGCCCGCAGCGCGCACCAACGUGACCGUGGUCGGCGGGCGCCGCGUUCCCUUUACGCUCGAAGACCUCUACCACGCCAAGAUGGAGCAGCACCAGCGCAGCGUGCUCUGCACCGUGCCCGAAGACGACCACAUGCGUUGCGAGUACUGCGAGGAGCCGAUUCAAUUCACAAAGGCUGCGGCUGUGGUCUGGAUUGCGCUCACGCAGGUGCAGCACCCGCUGCCGCUGAACGACGAGCGGCGCGUGGCGUGA